AACCGGCACAGACUGCAGUUGAACAAUACGAAUUUUGUCGAGUUCAUAGAGGAGAAGGAAUAAUUAUUCCUUACGGGAUUGAAAAAGGAUAUCCAUUACAUAUAGAUUUUACAAUACUAUCUAAUCGGGUUAGAAGUUUGAAAAAUGAGCUACUGAAAAUUAUAAAAGGACAACGGUACAGUGAAUAUCGUGUAGAUGCAGUUAAAAGAAUUCAAGAAAUGGAAGUGUCAAAAGCCAAUAGCUCAUUACUACAAAUUAACUAUUUCGAGUCAUCUCAACCCAGGUAUUAUGGAACCAAAGGUCUAGCCAUUAUCUUACAAACUUUGACUGAAAUGUUUGUUCAACCUAAAAUUUUAACCACGAAUCUUUGCACACCACAAUCGCCAUCUCAAUACUUGGCUCAAGUUCUGGUACCAGAAACUGCUAUUAGACUUAUUGCGGAGGACUUUAAUAAUAUUUCUUUAGAUAUGGCAAAAAAAAUUAUAAUUGAUAGUAUUGAAUUUGGACU